CUACACUUCUCACUCUAUUCUCACUUCUAAAAUGGACCGCAGAAGCCUCCUCUGCCUCGCAAUCAUCGGCAUUGUCGUCGCCGCCGUCGGAGGUCAGUCUCCAGCGGCGGCUCCCACCACUUCCUCGGCAUCCCCAGCCACAGCCCCUUCUAAACCUAAACCAAAAUCACCUGCGCCAGUUGCUUCUCCCACUUCAUCUCCUCCAGCUUCAUCCCCCAAUGCUGCAACCGCAACCCCUCCCGUUUCGUCUCCCACGGUAGCAUCUCCUCCGUCUAAAGCUGCUGCUCCAGCUCCAGCAACCACUCCUCCGGUGGCCACACCUCCCGCGGCCACUCCUCCUGCGGCUACACCUCCUGCUGUGACACCAGUGAGCUCGCCGCCAGCGCCAGUUCCGGUGAGUUCUCCACCAGCGCCUGUUCCGGUGAGCUCUCCCCCUGCACUGGCACCGACAACUCCGGCACCCGUGGUAGCACCCAGCGCUGAGGUUCCCGCUCCCGCUCCCAAGUCGAAGAAGAAGACGAAGAAGAGUAAGAAGCACACUGCACCAGCACCGUCGCCGGCAUUGCUUGGCCCUCCCGCUCCUCCGGUAGGAGCUCCUGGAUCAAGCCAGGAUGCGUCGUCUCCUGGUCCAGCUGUAUCUGAGGACGAGAGUGGAGCUGAAACCAUCAGGUGCCUGAAGAAGGUGAUAGGAUGCUUAGCUUUGAGCUGGGCUACCCUUGUUUUGUUCUUCUAGAGAAGAAGCUGAGGAUUCAUUGCUGUUGUUACAUAAUAUUAUUGUAUCAUUUAUUGUCUUUUUUGGGCCCUGUCGGGGGCUAAAAUUAAAUUUAUUACCAUUGUUUUCUUCGAUCUCUCAUUAUUUUAUAAUUGAUGAUGUUUGUUGACAUAGUAUUAUUAUUAUUUUUGAA